UUGGUUUCUCGGGCCUUAACUGUGAGGGAAAGCGGAGUCUGGAACCCAGAGCUUCGGGUGUUCAAAGGCGCAGCCCUCUCCUCCGAACCUCCUCUUAGGGCGUCAACUGUUUUCUUGCCCCAUUUUAGAGGCAGAACGUGAAACUCGGUGGGACAUAACGCAGAAGGAAAUUGGAUUAGCGCCCAAGCCUUUUAACUCAGCCUGGACCUGCCUCCUUCCCUGGGGGGCGCCUGAGUGGGCCACUGACUAGGGACCCUAGCAGUGUCCAGAACCUUCCCGGACCCCGACCGGAGAAAAGACAACCCUGUAGGCCGCGUGGCGCGGCCUGAGGUGAAGCUCGGGGGAGCCGAGGGGCGGGCUCAGAGCUGGGCCUUGGGCCCCGCCCCUUGGCAGCGCGCUCGGGCGCUCAGGCUUCUCUGCUGUGAUUGGUCGGUUUCUACAGCGAACAUUGCAAUUGGUCCCUUUAUAGCCGUUGAUAGUUGAACUCCAGUUGUGGCUUCGCUCGCGCGGCGCCUUAUCGAGAGGCGGGUUUUUGUUUCCGCCCGGAGGGCAUUGGUUAGUUUUCCGCGCGCUCAGAAGCUCCCUCGCUGGUUGCCUGUGAGCCAGAGGGCCAAAGAUGCCUCCGCAGCUCUGUGAGUUCCGUCUGCCCUUAUCUUUGGAGGAGCUGUUGAAAAGUGGAGGGGUGAAUCAGUAUGUUGUACAAGAGGUGCUGCCGGUCAGACAUCUUGCAUCACAGCUUAAAGUAUUUCAGGCUGCCUUCCGAGCCCAGGGCCCCCUGGCCAUGCUGGACCACUUUGAUACCAUCUACAGCAUUUUACAUCACUUUCGAAGUGUAGACCCGGGCCUCCAGGAGGACACUCUGGAAUUCCUCGUCAAAGUGGUAGCCCGCCAUUCCCAGGAGCUUCCCGCUCUCCUGGAUGACGCAAGCCUGAGUGCAUCUGACAGAAGUGCCCACCUGAAUGCCCUCAAAAUGAACUGCUACGCCCUCAUCCGCCUCGGGGAGGCCUUUGAGACCAUGACCAGUCAGAAGAGCCUCCUAGACCUGGACGUGGUGGGGAAGGGUAAGAAAGCUCGGACCAAGGCCGCCCUGGGCUUUAACUGGGAAGAAGAGAGGCAACCAAUCCUUCAGCUGCUAACACAGCUGCUCCAGCUGGACAUUCGUCACCUAUGGAACCAUUCCGUAAUUGAAGAGGAAUUUGUCAGUUUGGUUACUGGCUGCUGCUACCGCCUCCUGGAGAACCCUACCAUUAGUCACCAGAAGAACCGCCCCACCCGGGAGGCCAUCACACACCUGCUUGGUGUGGCCCUGACACGGCAUAACCACAUGCUCAGUGCCACAGUGAAGAUUAUCCAGAUGCUGCAGCACUUUGAACACCUGCCACCCGUGCUGGUGACGGCUGUGAGCCUCUGGGCUACUGACUACGGGAUGAAGAGCAUAGUAGGAGAGCUCGUGAGAGAGAUUGGACAGAAGUGUCCCCAGGAGCUGAGUCGGGACCCUGCAGGAGCCAAGGGCUUUGCAGCUUUCCUGACAGAACUAGCAGAACGUGUCCCAGCUAUCCUGAUGUCCAACAUGUGCAUUUUACUGGAUCACCUGGAUGGAGAGAACUACAUGAUGCGCAACGCUCUGCUAGCAGCCAUGGCGGAGAUGGUGGUGCAGGUUCUGAAUAGCGACCAGCUGGAGGAAACGGCCCGAGACACCAGAGACCAGUUCUUGGACACCCUGCAAGCCCAUGGCCACGACGUCAACUCUUUCGUGAGAAGCCGGGUCCUGCAGCUCUUCACCCGAAUUGUCCAGCAAAAGGCUCUCCCCCUGACCCGUUUCCAGACAGUGGUGGCCUUAGCUGUGGGGCGUCUGGCAGACAAGUCAGUGCUAGUGUGUAAAAAUGCCAUUCAGCUGCUAGCCAGCUUUCUAGCCAAUAACCCCUUUUCCUGCAAGCUUAGUGAAACUGACCUAGCCGGACCCCUGCAGAAGGAGAUCCAGAAAUUACAAGAGAUGCUGGCCCAGAGGAAAGCGGUGGUGGCUUCCGCAGCGCUGAACCCCGAAGAGGAGUGGGAAGCCAUGCUGCCAGAGGUGACAUCUACCCUGCGGCAGCUUCUGAAGUUUCCCCAGGAGGACGAGACGAUGCCAGAGGGACUCGCUGGAACAGAGACUGCCGAAGAGGUGAAAGGACGGAUCCAGCGGCUGCUUUCCAAAGCUAGUUACAAGCAGGCCAUCAUGCUUACCCAGGAAGCUAUCGGCCACUUCCGUGAAUCUGAGCCCUUCAGCCACAUGGAGCCAGAGGAGUCUGAAGAGACCAGCUUCUUGGGUCUCUUAGGAAACAUCUUCAAAGGCACCACAGUUUGCGCACAGGAGAAUGCUCAGGGCACAGCAGAGAACACGGUCCCAGGAGAGACUGUCUGUAAAGAUAAGCCCGAGCAAUCCAGGGGAAACGAUGAGCUGGUGAAACAGCAGAUGCUGGUGCAGUACCUACAGGACGCCUACAGCUUCUCUCUGAAGAUUACAGAGGCCAUCGGCAUCAUCAGCAAGAUGAUGUAUGAAAACACAACUACAGUGGUACAGGAGGUGAUUGAGUUCUUUGUGACGGUGUCUCAGUUUGGGGUACCUCAGGCCUUGCUAGGGGUACGCCGCAUGCUGCCCCUCAUCUGGUCUAAGGAGCCUGGUGUCCGGGAAGCUGUGCUAAAUGCCUACCGCCAACUCUACCUCCACCCCAAAGGGGAUUCUGCCAGAGCCUCGGCCCGGGUUUUCAUCCAGAGUGUCUCUCUGCUGCUAGUCGAUGCUUCCAUUGGGACCGUUCAGUGUCUUGAGGAAAUUGUCUGUGAGUUUGUGCAGAAAGAUGAAUUGAAGCCGUCAGUGACGCAGCUGCUGUGGGAACGUGCAGCCGAGAAGACCCCCUGCUCUCCUCUGGAGCGCUGCUGCUCAGUCACGCUGCUGGGCAUGAUGGCACGUGGAAACCCAGACAUUGUGAAAAGCAACUUGGACACACUGGUGAGCAUAGGGCUAGAAGAGAAGGUUCCACAGGAUUACCAGCUAGCCCAGCAGGUGUGCUAUGCCAUUGCCAACAUCUCCGACCGGAGAAAGCCCUCUCUGGGAAAACGCCAUCCUCCCUUCCGACUGCCUCCAGAACACAAGCUGUUUGAGCGCCUGGGAGCGAUGGUCACAACAGGCUUUGUCCUCCCAGACCCACUCUGGAUCCCAUUCAAAGAGGGUGCCGUGGCCCUCAUUUACCAGCUGGCAGAGGGCCCUGAGGUGAUCUGUGCCCACAUACUGCAGAGCUGUGCCAAACAGGCCCUGGGGAAGCUCGAGGAGAAGAGCGCUUCCCAGGAGGAUCAGAAAGAGAUCCCCACGCUCCCCACUUACCUGCUGAUGAACCUGCUGUCCCUGGCUGGGGACGUGGCUCUGCAGCAGCUGGUACAUCUGGAGCAGGCCGUGAGUGGAGAGCUGUGUCGCCGCCGAGGGCUUCGGGAAGAACAGGAGCACAAGACUAAAGGGCCAAAGGAGAAGAACACAGGUUCUGAGACCACCAUGGAGGAGGAGAUGGGGCUGGUUGGGGCCACUGCUGACGACACAGAGGCCGAACUCAUCCGGAGCAACUGCGAGCUGGAGCUGUUGGAGGGCAAGCAGGUCUUGGCCGCCUUUGUUCCCCUUCUGCUCAAAGUCUGCAACAGCCCUGGUGUCUACGGCAACCCGGACCUCUCCGCAGCUGCGGCGCUGGCCCUGGGCAAGUUCUGCAUGGUCAGUGCCACUUUCUGUGACUCCCAGCUUCGUCUUCUGUUCACCCUGCUGGAGAAGUCUUCUCUCCCCGUUGUUCGCUCCAACCUCAUGGUUGCCGCUGGGGAUCUGGCUAUCCGUUUUCCCAACCUGGUGGACCCCUGGACGCCUCACCUCUAUGCUCGCCUCCGAGACCCGGCUCAGCAAGUGCGGAAAACAGCAGGGCUGGUGAUGACCCACCUGAUCCUGAAGGACAUGGUGAAGGUGAAGGGUCAGGUGAGCGAGAUGGCGGUGCUGCUCACAGACCCCGAGCCUCAGAUCGCGGCCCUGGCCAAGAACUUCUUCAAUGAGCUCUCCCACAAGGGCAACGCAAUCUACAACCUCCUGCCAGACAUCAUCAGCCGCCUCUCAGACCCGGAGGGUGGGGUAGAGGAGGAGCCUUUCCACACCAUCAUGAAGCAGCUCCUUUCCUACAUCACCAAGGACAAGCAGACAGAGAGCCUGGUGGAGAAGCUGUGUCAGCGCUUCCACACAGCCCGAACUGAGAGGCAAUACCGGGACCUGGCCUAUAGCGUGUCUCAGCUGCCCCUCACAGAGCGAGGCCUGCGGAAGAUGCUUGACAAUUUUGAUUGCUUUGGGGAUAAGCUGUCAGACUCAGCCAUCUUCAGUGCUUUCCUGUUGAUUGUGGGCAAGCUGCGGCGGGGGGCCAAGCCUGAGGGCAAGGCUCUGAUAGAUGAAUUUGAGCAGAAGCUGCGCGCCUGUCACACUCGGGGCUUGGAGGCAGUAGAAGAGCUUGAGAUUGGCCAGGGCGGGAGCCAGAGUGCCCCGUCAGCCACCAAGAAACACUCUGUCGCGUCUAAGAGGAAACCCAAAAUUGUCUUCUCGAGUGAUGAGUCCAGUGAGGGAGAGCUUUCUGCCGAGAUGACAGAAGAUGAGACCCCCAAGAAAACCACGCCCAUCCGCCGCGCAUCCACUCGCAGACACCGAUCCUGAGCUCACCUUGCCUGCUCCCGGCCCUGCUGUGCAGGGGUUUGUGGGGGCCCGUCCUCUCUGUAAAAUAUCUGUUGGCCUGUUGCCUUUGUUUUUAAAAUACAUAAAUGAUCUUUAUGAAGGAAGGCAUGUGUUUCUCUAAAAACUAACUCAGCUGGCUUGAGCUGCUCUCACUCUGGUAUAUGCUUGCCAUUUUCUUGGUCUUCUAAUGAAUAAAUGUUUUUAUGUACUUUUA